UUUAUACGAGAGUUGCAGGUCGUCCAGAAAUCGGGCACUGUACCGAAAUACGUAUGCGGCAGCGCGUCGUGGUGGGCCAACGAGGCGGGGCACAGUGACCAGAAGUAACGCGCGGUUGAACGGCAGUUUGCCGCCGACGAGGUGUUCCAAGGAUCAGAAUCCGGGCUGCCGUCUGAUCCGUGGAUCUGAAAGUUAGGUUUACGGUCUGGCAGCUGCAGACUCGAAUUGAAUGCAGGGUCCAGCGUCUUCUCUUGCAAAAGCGAGUGGCCUCGUGAAGGUGAAGACUGCGAGGUAGAGGUCAGGAGCGGCGGCGGGGAUCCAGCAUGGAGUUUUUGAUGCAACCUGUCGGCAGGUUCGUGUGUGCUUCGACGGCGAUGUUGUCUGCAUUUUUAGGGCGUUUUGAUUAGCUGAUUGAGUACGUUUGUUCUCCCCCCCAUGUUUUACAUCUGCUCUGCUUGAGGAGGUGGGGGAGUUUUGUGCCUGGGCCUCUGGUUGGGAAUGGCGGUGUGCUGUCGGAGCCGGCCGUGCCGCAGCAGCAUGGGCGGCGGCGAGCGGAGAAGCACAGAUCUGAUCGGCGAAGGAGGACGCAGCGGCCAGGAGGGGGAGCUCUCCUACAACAUCUAAGCUGACGACGGGGAAGAUGAAUCCCCAGGCUCCCGGAUGGAAUAAGAGGAUCUCAAGCAAUUAUGAAGGGUCGCCGCAGGCAUCGGAGCAAUCGAUUGAGCAGAUUGACCCUAAAAUACCCGAAUGGACAUGAAGGUACGACAGUUUUAUGCAUUGGAAUCCAUGCUCCUGGUGAUGUGCGUAUGGUGCGAAUUGAAAUGAAUGGUAGGAAAAUUUAGCUCUGAAUUAGUUAGCAACAGAGUUGUUAACGGAUGCAGUAUGUGAAUCGGGGGUUAGUUGCCCACAAACCUAGUUAGCAACGGUGUUGUGUGGAAUGAAUUGUGGAGUAGGUUGUUCUGAAUUUAAGUGAAUGUAAAAUCAGCAAACUCUGAAUUAUGGAGUAAGUGCUUCCUAUCUGUAGGGGAACUGCAUUUGGAAGGGGGUCAUUACUGAUGCGAUGAGAGCAUCGUAUGAUAGUUCUUAUCCUGGAUAGAGCCAACAUCAUAUAAAUAUGCUACCUUUAGCAGUGCACUGCAUUUUGAGGUCAGAAUGGUUGCUAGUCCAUAGGGUGAUUUCGGGUCAGAUGUUCUGUAAGUGUGAGAACCAUAGUGAAAUAAACAACAAAGUUGUAGGAUGUGUGACAAUGAAAAAAUGGCUAAUUUGGUGGAUGAUUUGCAGUGUGCAUGUGUGGUGUCGUUAAAUGACAGAAUUUGUACGACACCAUCACUAACUAAUUGUGUGCGAGAUAAAAGGUGAUAGCGUUAAAAGAUAUGAACUAAUGUCUCUUCGAACAUGGACAGUGAGUAAUUACAGUAGAUAUGAGCUGCAGGAUUGUGUCAUAGGUUGCAAAAUAUGGAGUAACCCUUUUUUUUUUAAAUGAUGCUUGGUAUGCGUUGGUGCUAUUCUGGGUGAUUGGUAAACACAUGAAAAACUGAUGCUACCGGAACAUAAAUACUAAAAGUAAGUGUCGUGGUUUUAGUUCAAAUUUGAACUAAGACCACGACACUUAUUUUGGAGUAAGGAUUGUUGCGGCGUCGCCUUGCAGGACCUCGUGUCCUGGUCGUGCUUCUGCCCUUGAGAAGGCAAUUCAUGAAUUUGCACAGAAUCCAGGAGAUAUUGUAAUUGUGCCAACAUUGGGGACAAGCUUCAAUGCUUUAGGGGAGGCAUAUGAUUUUUACAACCUCUAAUCAUGGGAGAAAGGAUUCGGAAUUAGAUAUGGGAAAAGCAGACCAAAUGUGGACAAAAUGCAUGCAGGAAAUCAUAUGUGGAUGUGCGGUCAGUUCCUCAGAUUUUCGUUUUGUUCAAUUCAGUUGCAAGUGCAAUAUUUUCUAGUGUGUGAUUCGUGUCGUAGGGUAAGGCAGGAGUUGAGAACAACAUAUUGUGCCGGUGUGAGUGCCCUGCUCUUUAUGAGGCUGCUGCACUCAAAGGAUAAUGGUUGGUAUAUAGCUGAGCAUCGUGAAGAGCACAACCACUCAUUGUCACCAAACUGCAGGGAGACAAUACACUGGGCAUCAUACAAGCACAUAGAUGUGUACAUCCGGGACCUGAUAAAGCUGUUGCGCCAGAACAAUGUGAAUCUGUUGGAAGUGUACAGCAUCAUAGGUAGUUUUUUUAAUCAAUGGAUAAUAUCCCAUUCACAAAGCGAGCUUUGAGGAAUUUGUGUGGUAAAAUCAGCGGUGAGCAAGCAGAAGAUGAUGUUAGGAAGGCAAUGGAAGUUUUUGCAUAACUUGGGGCGAAGGAUCCACACUUCACAUAUCAUGUUCAGGCUGACAAGGAUGGGAGGAUCAAUACCUUGAUGUGGGCCAAAUGGUAACAGCCGUAGUGGUCUGGCUCUGCUUCUCUAGCUACUCAAUUUUGGAAUCUCUAUUCUCUAGCUAACGAGCAUAAUGUUACUAUUGACAAAGUGUGGGAUGGUGUCCAUCUCAAGAUCACCUUUAGAAGGUGCUUUACUCAAGAUUUGUUUAAUGAAUUGCUUGAGCUUUUUAACAUUGUUAAAUCUUUGCAACUUGUGGACAGUGAGGAUGCCCUGAUUUGGAACCUUAAUUCCAAAGGGAUCUAUACUGUUAAAUCGUUCUAUAAAGUUAUUAAUUUUAGAGGGGUUCUUCCUGUCAACACCUGCAGUUUGGUUGCUUGCAAAUAACAAACUUCUCACUAGAGAUAACCUGAACAAGUGGCAAAAUGUUCCUGAUCUAACCUAUCUAUUUUUGUGCUUAAGCUGAAUCUUGCAGGCAUCAAUUUUUUGGUUGUGUUGUUUUGGUAGAACUCUGGAGAGUUAUGACCACUGUAACUGGUUUUGGAGAUGUUCCUGACAUGGUUUCUAUUUCUAGCUGGUGGUCUGGUGGUGAUAGUUAAGAAAAAGGGUUUCCCCCCUGGUGGUGAUAGUUGCACUGUUGCUAAUAUGGUUCAAUCGGCUGCUAUCUGGGCUCUCUGGAAAACUCGGAACGACAUUUAUUUCAACCAUGUUGUCUGAUCUGGUAUGCAUGCAUAUCCGGUGAAAAACAGCUUCCAUUCUUUUGCUGUGGGAGGUUAGAGCAACUCCAAAGGGCAGACCCAUUUCGUCCGCCUGCGUCCUUUUAGGUCGGCGUGGACAAAAUGUGUAAAAAGUAGUAAAAGCCAAAGCAAGUCUGGAGAUAUGCUUUCCAUAUGGAAUUUUGAUGGAAAGAUCGCAUUUGAAGACAUACUCAGUGCAACAGAAAAAUUCGAUGAGAAAUAUUGCAUUGGCAUUGGGGGCUAUGGAACCGUCUUCAGAGUUGAGCUUGAAGGUGGGGUUACCUUUGCCGUCAAGCUCCUGCAUUCAAUGGAAGAAUUCAGUGACGAGGGAACAUUUCAUGCUGAGAUUGAAGUUUUGACGAAAAUCAGGCCCCGAUGCAUCGUCAAGCUGUAUGGCUUCUGUUCACACUCCCAAUGCAAAUUCCUCGUAUACGACCUUAUCGAGAGGGGAAGCUUAUCAUCCAUUUUGCAUGAGCAAGAGCUAGCAAAGGAGUUGGACUGGACCAGUAGAAUUGCUAUUGUGACGGACGUAGUUCAAGCUCUCUCCUACCUGCAUCAUGAUUGCAAUGAUCCUAUUGUACACCGGGACAUAAAAAGCAGCAACAUACUUUUGAACCAAGAUUAUAAAGCUUAUGUCUCGGACUUUGGCAUGGCGAGGAAGCUGAAGCAUGGUUGCUCAAGCUGGAGCACUAUCUUUGCAGGGACAUGUGACUAUAUAGCACCAGAAUUGUCAUCUACCAUGGUGUUGACCGAGAAGUGUGACGUGUACAGCUUCGGUGUGGUUGUGCUGGAAGUUGUGAUGGGAAAGCACCCGGGUGAUCUGCUCCUUCCGUUCUUUUGCCGAACAGAGCAGCCAGGGAAGUUCAAUGAUAUCUUGGAUCGACGCAUCGCAGCGCCGUCCGCCAUUGGUGAGGAGAAGGAUGUCAUUUUGGUUGCCUUGGUGGCAUUUGCUUGUCUGCAAGUCAAGCCCAAAUCCCGGCCAACAAUGCAGCAGGUAUAUCAGGCGCUGACAAAUAGAAACCGCUCAACGUUCAUUCCCAGGCCCCUUCAUGAAAUCAGGCUACAAGAUUUGCAUGAUUAUUGUGGCACAUUAAAGAAUAUAUGAAGCUCCUGUGUUGGUAAAAAAUAUAUUGGCCUGUAUAUUUGUAUUUGUGUGUAGAUUUGUAGGACGGAAGGAUUGGAUAACGGGGAAAAUACAUCCUUUGUAUGUUGACUCGGUAAUUGUUCUUGUAGUUUCAGUAUCAAAAAAUUGCAAGGUUCGCCAAAACUAUUGGAUGAAAAUUAUGCAUUUCCCUUA